CUCCAUCCUCGCCGGUCGUGAACUGCAGGAACCGCCUCGCCGUUGGUCUCCUUCAAACCUUGAGCCGCUGUAGCUAUCGGACGACAGUGGACAGCGGUGAAGAGCUCGCCAAUGGAGUUCGUCGCCGGCAGUGCCAUGCCACCGACGGAGCUCGUCGCUGCUCUAGAGUCAUCAGCGUUCGUCAUUAGCUGCGCAGAGGGACGCCGUGCAUUGGAGUCAUCGGAGCCGUACAACUCUGGGCCAUUGAGAAUCCGUACGACGGCCAUCGUUGGUGGAUUGUCGCCGGCUAGAGCACGGGGCAGAUCCGGGGGUCGUCUAUUGGGUCCUGUGACAUGGAUCUGCAGCAGAUCUACCCUCCUCACUACCUCCGACCUCACCCGCCGGCGGGAGUCAGAUGGCCAACGGCAGUGCUGCGAUAUCCGGCCGGAAAUGGGUGGCCUAUCCACGAUCGCUGUUGACGGAUGCCUAAUUCCGGAGUAGCCGAAGCCACCGGAACGUCGCUAGGCGUCGUCGACGGUGGACAGGGCUUCACAGGGUCGGGCUGAAAAUUGCUUUGGGUUGCGUUCCUCCCAGCCGGAUGGAAGGACAGAGCUUUGCCCGGGUCGCAUCAUCCACAGCUCCGUUCAAAUUUGUAGCGGAGUUUGAAAUCCCCUACUGUGCUGUUUGUUCCAUAUUUUGAUAUGUGAAACGUGCAUAAGCAUAAUAUUUUGCAUUUAGUGCCAUUUUCUACCGAAGCUUUUGAUCCUUACAUGCUCUGAACUUUUGAAAUAACUGCACCUUAUAGCUAAAUACAUGUCAUUUGUGUAUGCUCAAAUGCCGAAUUUGAUCUUUCACUACUUAAAUAAGCAUUUGGAUUGAACUAAGAGCAUGUACCUUGAUGGAUACGACUUGAUUUUGAUGCAUCGUGUGCUAAAUUUGAAAAAAAAAUCUGAUUUUUGCUUGCUAAUUUUUCAAAAAAAGCUGCACUUCGUGG